CAGCUCGCCGCUCCCCAGCACCCUCCCCGCCGGCACCCUCGCGCCCAGAGAACAUGAUUCCGGUGACAGAGUUCCGGCAGUUCUCUGAGCAGCAGCCUGCCUUCCGGGUGCUGAAACCGUGGUGGGACGUGUUUACCGACUACCUUUCGGUGGCUAUGCUGAUGAUCGGUGUGUUCGGAUGUACUCUCCAGGUCAUGCAAGACAAGAUCAUCUGCCUUCCGAAAAGAGUCCAGCCUUCUCAGAAUCACUCUUCUGUGUCCAAUGUCUCUCAAGCAGUUGCCAGCACCACCCCGCUGCCUCCCCCUAAGCCGUCGCCUACCAACCCUGCCACCGUGGAGAUGAAAGGACUCAAGACAGACCUGGACCUCCAGCAGUACAGUUUUAUAAACCAGAUGUGUUACGAGCGAGCCCUCCACUGGUAUGCCAAGUAUUUCCCUUACCUAGUCCUCAUCCAUACCCUGGUCUUCAUGCUCUGCAGCAACUUUUGGUUUAAGUUCCCUGGCUCCAGCUCCAAAAUAGAGCAUUUCAUCUCGAUCCUGGGGAAGUGUUUUGACUCCCCUUGGACCACACGGGCUUUAUCAGAAGUGUCUGGGGAGGAUUCAGAGGAAAAGGACAACAGGAAGAACAACAUGAGCAGGUCCAACACCAUCCAGUCUGGUCCGGAAGGCAGCCUGGUCAACUCUCAGUCAUUAAAGUCCAUCCCUGAGAAGUUCGUGGUUGACAAGUCCACAGCGGGGGCCCUGGAUAAGAAGGAAGGUGAGCAAGCGAAGGCCUUGUUUGAGAAGGUGAAGAAGUUCAGGCUGCAUGUCGAAGAAGGCGAUAUACUCUAUGCUAUGUACGUUCGCCAGACGGUGCUGAAGGUUAUAAAAUUCCUCAUCAUCAUCGCAUACAAUAGCGCCCUGGUUUCCAAAGUUCAGUUUACCGUGGACUGUAAUGUUGACAUUCAGGACAUGACCGGAUAUAAAAAUUUUUCUUGUAAUCACACCAUGGCCCACUUGUUCUCAAAACUGUCCUUUUGCUACCUGUGUUUUGUAAGCAUCUACGGACUGACGUGCCUUUACACCUUAUACUGGCUGUUCUACCGUUCUCUACGGGAAUACUCUUUCGAGUAUGUCCGCCAGGAGACCGGCAUUGAUGACAUUCCAGAUGUGAAAAAUGACUUUGCUUUCAUGCUUCAUAUGAUAGACCAGUAUGACCCGCUGUAUUCCAAGAGAUUUGCCGUGUUCCUGUCUGAAGUGAGCGAGAACAAAUUAAAGCAGCUGAACUUAAAUAACGAGUGGACUCCCGAUAAACUGAGGCAGAAGCUGCAGAUGAAUGCCCAUAACCGGCUGGAACUGCCUCUCAUCAUGCUCUCUGGCCUUCCAGACACGGUCUUUGAGAUCACAGAGCUGCAGUCUCUAAAACUUGAAAUCAUCAAGAACGUGAUGAUCCCAGCCACCAUCGCACAGCUCGACAAUCUCCAGGAGCUCUCGCUCCACCAGUGCUCAGUCAAAAUCCACAGUGCGGCACUCUCCUUCCUGAAGGAGAACCUCAAGGUCCUGAGCGUCAAGUUUGAUGACAUGAGGGAGCUGCCCCCCUGGAUGUACGGGCUCCGGAAUCUGGAAGAGCUCUACCUGGUCGGCUCUCUAAGUCAUGAUAUCUCCAAAAACGUCACCCUCGAGUCUCUGCGGGAUCUCAAAAGCCUUAAAAUUCUCUCUAUCAAAAGCAACGUUUCCAAGAUCCCGCAGGCCGUGGUGGACGUGGCCAGCCAUCUCCAGAAGAUGUGCAUCCAUAACGACGGCAGCAAACUGGUGAUGCUCAACAACUUGAAGAAGAUGACCAACCUGACGGAGCUGGAGCUGGUCCACUGCGACCUGGAGCGCAUUCCCCACGCCGUGUUCAGUCUGCUCAGCCUCCAGGAACUGGACCUCAAAGAGAAUAAUCUGAAGUCCAUAGAGGAAAUCGUUAGCUUCCAGCACUUGAGAAAGCUGACGGUGCUCAAACUGUGGCACAACAGCAUCACGUACAUCCCGGAGCACAUCAAGAAGCUCACCAGCCUGGAGCGCCUGGCCUUCAGUCACAACAAAAUAGAGGUGCUGCCUUCCCACCUCUUCCUGUGUAACAAAAUCCGGUAUUUGGACUUGUCCUACAAUGACAUCCGGUUCAUCCCACCCGAAAUCGGAGUUCUGCAGAGUUUACAGUACUUCUCCAUCACGUGUAACAAAGUGGAGAGCCUUCCCGACGAACUCUACUUCUGCAAGAAACUGAAAACCCUGAAGAUCGGGAAAAACAGCCUCUCGGUACUUUCACCGAAAAUCGGGAAUUUGUUAUUUCUUUCCUACUUAGACGUUAAAGGCAAUCACUUUGAAAUCCUCCCUCCAGAACUGGGAGACUGCCGGGCCCUGAAGAGAGCCGGGUUGGUUGUGGAAGACGCUCUGUUUGAAACUCUGCCUUCGGACAUCCGGGAGCAAAUGAAAGCGGAAUAACUUCUUUUUCUUUAAAGCUUCACUGAACCGUGCUUCUACCAAAUACAGUAUAAAUAAUUAGGUAGUCUUAAUGCCUUUCCUAUUUUAUUUUUUUUUCUUUUUCACACAACACAAAAUGUACACAGAGAUUGAGUAAGGAGUCUGUAUUUUUUAAUAAAAAUUUAAUUGUAUUUUUUCAAUAUUAAUAUUUUAAAGUUUUAUUUGUCCAGGAACCUAAUGUAUCUAUUAUUGUUUUCUACUGACAGAAACAGGUGGUUCCAUCUGGGUUUUUUUGUGUGUUUCAUUUCAUUCUCGUGAAAGGGAGGGAAUUUUAAGUUGCAUGCUUUUUGGUCUUUUUUAAAUAGAUAUUUUGCCAAGGUGAUUAUUUUGCUUGUUUACACCUGUCCAGGGUCCUUAUAUUUGUUUUCCUUGUGUAUAUACCAAGGAGUCUGUACUAGUCAUCGUCAUACUGGCUGCCUUCUGCACUGGCCAAGUCCUCCGUCCUACAGAAGACUCUUCUCUGGAGGGUAAAUUCACAGAAGUGCAUUGCCACAGACCAUUGUUUUCAAAAUUUCUCCUCAUCUCCAGCAGAACCCCACUUGUGUUAUUUCCUCUACUUGACGGUCCAUGUGAUCGUUAGGCUGGGAUUUUGUUACGUGAGUGAAGACAGUAAUCUCUUCCAUGCUGAGCUGAUCUGAAUUGGUCAUUUCCCAUCUAACUGAUUUGCGUUCUCACCAACAUUUCAAAAAUAUCGUUUAAA